AUGACUGCAGGAGCGUGGCACUUACAACGUAGGGUUGCACCGAACGAGCAGGAAUUGAACCCAGCAGGCAUCACCCUGGAGCCUGACGCUGCCGCUUCAGGCGGCGAAACCACCAACAGCGGAUUGCACGGACGGGGCGGACACCACCAUAACCACCAAUUCAAUGGCGCGGGCAGUGGCACCAACAGCGGUGGUCUUGAUACGGCAGUGCUAGGGCCCAUGACGCGCCGUGGCAGUAGGACUCGGAUGGGCGAGGGGACCCGGGUCCCACGGCCCAUGCCUAGGGGCGGCGCCAACACGGCGCCAGGGAUGAGGGGUACGGCAGCGUCGGCUGCCGUCCACAGCAGCACAGUGCUUCCCACCGCCGCCGCCCCCAGCGGAGGCAUGCUACUGCCGGGCCUUGGCGCAGAGCCCGGCAGUCCCAACCGCGGCGCCGCCGCCGCCGCCGCCGCCGCGGCGUCAGGCUUGGAGAUCCACGGCUCGCAAGCUGGCGGAGUGGAUCCAUGGGUGGCGGCGGCAGGUAGCGGCGCCGUCGAGGGUUUUGCCGUUGCCGUACCCCCGCUAGCAGCUGGUGACCAUCCAGGAUCUGCAAAUUUGCCCCCUUACCUUUUCCAUGGUAAGGAGGAAGUUCUACCAGGUAGCGGCCUGUCAGGACCCGGAGCCGGGGCGCCCUUGUCAGCGGCGGCGGCGGCGGCGACGGCGACGGCAAAGCCACCAUUGGCCAAUUUUUACCUCUGCGUCUCGCAUCGGGCGAUCAAUGGCAUGGCUGCCCUACAGCAGGCGUUUCCGGACGCCGUACAUGAAGCCCGUCGUACAGGCGCCGGGCAGCUUGUCCGGGUAGAGUUCGAAUUAGCGCGCGGCGGUCUGCCUGUGCCGUACGAUCUGGUGCUAAGCUGCCAGAACGCCCAGGUCUCAUUGAUGCUCCCGGCGGAAGCGCGCCGCGCGCUGGGGCUGGCGUUAGAUGACCUGCUCUGGCUAUCGCCUCCGACACCUGGCGGUCCUGUACGGGUCGUACAGGUCGUCCGGAACGCCACGGUGGCUGGUCUGGUUGGGGAGCCGCUGCCGCCGCCGUCAGCGCCGAUGAUGGAAUUCGAGAAGGCGGCGCCGCUGGCGGCACUGGCGGCACCGUCGCCGGCGGCGACGUCAGCAACAGAACGUGACACUCCGCGCCGCAGCAGCGGCGAUGCAUCCGGUGGCGGAAUUGCACCGACGGACUUGAUGCCGUACGGUCCGUCCACAGUAGCGGCGGAUGCGGAUGUGGCCGCUGUCGCUGAGCAGGCGGAGACGUACGACAGUGGCGACGGCGAUGGCGGUGCCGCCACCGUCCCAGGGCCUCGCGGGAGGGGUCGCGGGAUGAAGCUGGGUAAGGGGCGUGUCAGGCUGCGAGGAAGAGGGGGUGGCGGAGGGCGAGGCCGCGGAAGGGGACUCCUUGCCACGGCAAGCCCCGAUUUUGGCAAUGCCGGCGGCGGCGGCGGCACGGCCGUUAGCCCGGAGGGCGCCAGCGCUGAUGACGCCGUUAGCCCCGAUGGGAAGAGUACGAAUGGCGGCGAUGAAUGCGGCGCUGGAGACCAGACGGGCGCCGUCAGCGGCGGUGACGGCGCCGUCGGGACCGAAGCUGUCGAUGGCGAUGACGUCAGAGGGAGCCGCGGUAUCCGCAGAGGCCGCGGCGGCCGUUGGCGCGGGCGGGGCCGCGGUCGCGGCCGGGGCCGGGGCGCGCGCAGUGCCGUACAGCUCAAUGCUGCUGACGGCGCUGGCGGCGCCGUCGACGCGGGCACCGCAUGCGCCGCAAGCAGCGGCGGUGGCGGUGGGCGUGGCAGCCGACCCGUGGGUCGUGGACGUCGCCGUAGCGCUGCCGCCGUUACGAUAGUAGGCGUUAAGCAGGAAAUCAAGCAGGAGCUCGCGGCUGACGGCGGCGUGGGAGUGACGGGCGUCGUUGGUGCCGUACGGCCGUCACGUCAGCGGCGAGUCAAUAAGAUGGAGGUAGUGAUGCGGGAGCUGGUACGGCCGGCGGCGGUGGUGGUUCCGGAGUCUCGAAAGGGCCGCCUGGAGUUUGAAAUGCUGCCGCCGUACAGCAAUUGCGACCUGGUUCCGGAGCAUAAGGCCCGCUUCCAACAGAUCCUUCAUCUCCUUCGCGACACCUUCCCCAAGAACGCCCAACAGAGAGAGAGGUCGUAA